AUGAAAUUCGAAGAAUAUGAAAGAGUUAUCAUGAGAUAUGGCUACACUGGACGCAUCACUGAAAAUAUCAUCGAAGAAAUUGCUUAAGACAUCAAUCUAGACAUUUCACACUUGGAGCAGGAGAACUCCAUCCAGCACUACUUCUUUAAGAAUGGCCGUGUCUUUCAAGAUGGAGUAUUCAAGCCAGACUAGCUGCUCAAAAUUGGCUACCUUUUGACAAUACAUGAUUCUCCAAGACUAGCACUUGAAUCGUUGUGGGGUCUUAUCAAUCCUAAUAUGGAGGAAUAUGUUGAAAAUAAUUAUAUCAAAUCAUUUCUGGAGGACCUGUUCUAUUAUCCAGUUGAUCUUCACCUUGAGUAUUAGCUUAAAACCUAGCACAAGAAUGGAGAGAUUGAGGAAUACCUAAGAGAAUUAGAUGAGACCAAGAAUAACGCUAUAAAUGAGAUAUUUUGGAAGCUUGAUGCAAAAGUUUCUAAGGCAGACUUCAUUGAUUCAUGUGGAAAUAAACUUACAGCUAGUUACAAGAUUAGAUCAUUAGUACAACCAAUUAGAAAUUUGGAAUGA